AUGUGUGAAAUUUCAUGCUCUUUCAGAUGUGAUUUAUUUCAAAGCUAUAUCACUUUUAGUCACACAAAAAUUGGAAUAUCUCGAGAACCAAAAAAGCUGAUAGUUUCAAAUUACCUGUUUUUGAAAGAGCAUGAAAUUUCACAUAAAUCCUUAAUUUUCAAAUUUUCCAUGUCUCUUCUGAUCCUUGAGUUAUGCGCCUUUAAAGUGGGCGAACCAAUUUUUGGGUUUAAAAAUAGGUUGUUUUUCAAAUUUCAAAAUAUCUCAGGUUCUGAAAAAGCUAGAAGUUCGAAAUAA